AUGCCACCCGCCGACAACAGCAAGUCAUCGGUGCUGGUAACUCUCGCAACGGGCAAGCUAGGGCUGGGCAUUUGUGAGGCAUUUCUAGGGGUGAAUGAUGGCGACAAUGCAUACGUCGUCCACGGAACCAGCCGAAACCCCCAACACCCGGCCCUCCUUUCUCGAGGUAUCCAACCCAUUGAAUUUCAAUUUGGAAGCAAAGAAUCCAUAGAGCGCGCUCUCAAUAUUGCCAAUCCAGAUGUGGUGGUUGUCAUUACGGCUCUCAUUCAAAUCGCCAAGUCAGUGUCUGCAGAAGUCGAGCACGCGAGAAUCAUUUUGGAUGCUUGUAAAGAUUUCGGCAGCAACCACCCAGGCAGAGCCCCACCGCAUGUGAUUUUCUGCUCUAGUCAUAGUGCCACAAAGGAUACACCAGACCGUGUUCCCCAUUUCAAGAGCAAGUACUUUUGCGAGGAGUAUCUGCGAGGGCUGGAUAUACCACAUUCGAUUCUCAAACCAGCGUCCUUUAUGGAAAAUUUCGACGAUCCUACCGUCUAUAAUCCACUCACCUAUGGCACUCUGCGAGACUUGUAUCCCAUUGACACACCUGUUCCGCUGGUGGGAACAUUGGAUGUUGGAAAGGCAGCCGUGGCCAUGGUGCGCCAAAGCAUGCGCCACGGGGAGAAAGUCCCGUGCAUUUCCAUAGUAUCCACGGGACGACAAAGCGCGGAAUGCUUGUCGCAAGCGUCGGGCACGCCUGGUUGUUCCUACCAAACCGCUCCGCCUCGAUUCGUUCAAUACAUCAUUUUGCGCGAUUUGUACCACAUGGUGUCUCAUGUUGGUCAGGAGAGCGCUGGUGACGAUUGCUAUCAAGACGAGAUGAAAGCCUUUCGUGAGUUGGUGCCCAAGCCAAUGUCGCUGCAGGAGUGGUUCCAGAAAAAGGGCAAAUGGGCGGAUGGGACUCCGUUCGGUGAGAAACCAACAGCAAAGUCAAUGUGGGACAGCAAGUUGGUUUUGGUCGCCAGUUCUGCCGUCCUUGUGGCUGUGGCGUGGAGCUGGCGUUCUCGUUCUUAG